GAGGAACGCGAGAAGUUUCUUAUCCGGGCUUAUUUCCUUCUCCACAUCCGUAUCUUCGUAAUUGAAUAAAGCCUUGAACUUGAUCCAUCGUGCAGCGUGCCCCACUCGCCCGCAUUUCUCUCGCUCAUUCACGGUCAAUUCAAGCGAAAUUGAGCUGGGAUCGGAAGGAUUGAGAGGAAGAGAAGGAGAAGAAGGUCGGUUUUUGCUUGGGUUCUCCUUUCUCCUUUAUUUGUUCCAUCGUUCCAACCUUGAGUUGACAUCUUGUGAGGCAUGAGUCAAGCCCAAGGCCUGGAGGACUCUAGACCAGAUCGUUUUUGACAACCAUAUUCAAAGUUAGUGAAGAUAAAUGAGUUCAAUCAAUCGAGGAUGAUAUGGAGCACCUUUGUCAUACAUAAGCCACACUCCUUCAAUUCAAUCUCAUCGAGAACAGAGACAUUUAGUGGAAGAUGAACAUCUCACCAUCCCGUAAUGUGAGUGAUUUCUUGAUCUCGAGUUGCCUUUGUCUGGCUCAAUCUCGAGACGCGACCAUGGCCAACAUCGUCAAAAUGCACGAGGAUUCCUGGUCAACAGCUUGGAUGUACAUCUCCAUUAUCUUGGGAUUAUAUCUUUUGGGUCUGGCCAUUCUCUUGCUUCACCACAUCAAGAAGAAACACGGCCAGCUCACAUUUUACGACAUCUACCUAGAAGUUCUUCCAUCCAAUUGGAACUCCUGGAAUGGGGAGAGUUCUGGCUCAAAGACGAACUUUCAAAGUGAAGGCCGCCAUCCUGAGAAUGCAAAGAAGCCGAGAGGUCGUAGACAUCGGCAAAAGGACGAUUACUUGGACGAGGAUGAUGAAGUCGCGUCCGAUCUAAUUAGCUCCUCAUGUUCGCACUCAAGAAUCCGUAAAGCGAGUCGCCCUGAUUCAUUGAAAAGACUCCGUCAGAUGUUAAAGUUUCGCCAAAACACGUUAGAAAUAGAAGCUGAAGCAAGCAUUCCGACAAUAUCCAACCAGUGCCGAAUCCAAGCCAUCAUAUCCAAUGCAAAGGACCAAGAGACCGCAACAUGCCAACCUCAAAUUGAUAAGUCUCACAUGGUGGUUAAGUUCCAGAACGAAAAAAAACCCGGAACUAUUGAAGGAGAUCAAACGCAACCUAUCAAAGGUGAAUCCAUCUGCGAACGGUUGAACGUUGAUUAUGGAGUCAACGUGAUUGAAACAUCAUUGUGAUAGAUGCAACUGAUUCAUUUGUAUGAUCGAUUAAUCACGAACAAAUAUGAAUGAAUAUUUUUUUUAAAUA